GGGGAAAUCAGCUGAGUAAUUUUAGCACUAGAUAUUCUCCACCUCACACCUAUAUUUGGGGAGCUUUCUCUGCAACUACAGUGCAAUCUUUUAUUUACAUUUUUAGACACUUCUUUUCCAAGAUUUGAUUCAUGGGUUGCAGUCAAAUUUAGUACUGGAUUCCUCAUCAAUGUUUCAAGUUAGUCAAUCCAUUUCUUUUGAAUUAAUUAUUUUUAGGGAAUUUCUCAGGUAAAUUCUUCUUUUUUCCUCAUAUUUUUGGGAUAAAUUUAGCUGGGUUUCUGUCUAAAUUUAAUGAGUGGGUUGUAGAUACAAUUUUAGUCUGAGGAUUGUGAGCAAACCAUUUUUCGUUUCUAUAUUCUCUGUUUUUCUUCCUUUUUAUCUACAUGUUUGCAUUUCUGCUUUCAGCUUCAAUCCUUUUUGUUAAAAAGGGUAAUUUGCAGAAGUGGUGAAUGUUUGGUUGCCAACUUGUGUGUUAUGAAAGCAAUGCCUUCUACUUGUUUGAGGAUAAAAGCGAAUAAGGAUUUGUUCAUGUUUCAACGUUCAUCUUGAACACCUAUGAGACGUGGGCAGGCACGGCAAAAGAUGCAUUGUGCCCUUCAAGGACAACCAGUGGUAUCCAGAAAAUUUCAGACACAAGAAGAGAUUCGUUAUUAAGGAAACAAGAAAGUUCUAGAACAUCUUUAGCGGAUUGUGAAGUGCCUUCUGUUGCAUGGAGGAACUCUGAUCGUAGGUGUGGUAUCCUUACAUUCCUUUCCCUUGAAACUGGUGGACAACGGAGAAUCGUGGAACUACCAGCACAAUGUCCUUACAAUAUAAAUCACUUGGUAGUUGAUUCUCUGGUGAAUAUGGAUAAUCUACAUCUGCUUUACCCGCCACCAAUGAACCCAUUCAAGGUUACUCGACAAAGGGUUCACAAAAUGCCUCCCCUUGACGUCACUUAUUCCGUCAAGUCAUUUACAAACAGAAGCUUCACUGGUUCAAGCGUGCGACACCAACCACGAAAUAAGACCUUGACAAAUAAAGGUACUAAGUGGAAUGAAGUUCCCAGGAAAUCUUCUCACAACUCUUUAACCUGCAGUGAUUCCGCAUGUACCAUCCCAAAUGGUUCUAAUGCUAUUAACUCAUCAACUAUGAGUAUCAGUAACCAAAAAAUAGACAACACCGCAAAAAGAAGUUCGAGAAAGAAGAAUCGAAAGAAGGGAAGGCAGAACAAGAAGUUUUCAAUCAACACUGGCUCUAAUGAACCGGAAGUGCUGUAUGCGGGAUAUCCCAAUGGAAGUUCAGCUUCUGAAACCUGUGGUAACAAUGAUGGAGACAGACCACUGUCAUCUUCAACUGCACCAGAUAAUUCAUUGCCAGAUGGUGGAACCAAGAAUUCUGAAACACCAAAUACAUGCACCUCUUCAAGUGAUGAGGCGGGUAUACCUGCUGUCGGUAAUUUUGGAAAUCAGGUUCUACUCAAAGACUCUGGGUUUUCCAUCUUCAACGGUGUGGAAAGUAUUCAUAUACAGGCGAGGUGUUACAAUGAUUUGUAUACCAAACGUUACUCUGAUAUCCAUGACUCAUUCAAUUUGGAUUCAGUUUCAUUUGGUUCAAGCAGUGACAUUAGUACUACUGCUGAUCGUGAUGAAAAACAUGCUGAGACGGAAACUCACAAUAUAUAUAUUUCUGAACCGCCAAGUUUGAGUUCAAGAAAGGGAUAUUUCUCUUGUCAAAGCUUGUUAAAUGAUGCCAUGGAUUCCUACAACCACACUGAGGGAACAAGGCAUGGUAUUCAGGGUCGUAGCAAUAGUGAUGUGCAACUCGUUGCGCAUAACAAGAGAAGUAAAGAAAACAUAGUAGCUCCUCGAAAUUCAAAUGUCUCUAAAUUUGGAAGUUUUGGAAAUCUGCAUGCUCGUACAGGGAAGGGAAACAAUCAGUCUGUCUGGCAAAAGGUCAAGAAAAAUGAAUCCAGCGACUGCACUGGUGAGUUGAAGAAAGCAUGUUCUGUUUACUCAUGUAACGAUCUCCCUUUGAGAGAGUCUCCUUUGCUUAAAAUACCCUGUAACGCUGCUGAUGUAAAUGCCUUUCCAAAGAGUGAGGAUAGAAAACGGCAAAAAGAUAAGGUUUUGAAGAAAUUGAAAAGAAAAGGUGGUCUGGCUUUGAAACAAGAAUACAAUUGUUAUUCCAGGGAGGAGUCUUAUGGCAGCAUCUCCAGCUUAGAUGGUUGUGUGAAGGAUAUGAUAGAACAAAAUGAUAUAUCAUAUCACGCGAAGGGAAACAAAGGAUUAGAUCUUGCUACAAGAUCUUGUUCUCCGCCUAGCUGUCCAAGCACUGGAUUUCAGAGCAGCAAAGUAGAAUGCAUGACCUGUGAAUCAGUUCCCACCAUACGACUCUGUCCAAAUGAAAUGGAUCAUCUUGAAAGUGUUGGUAAUAGCGUAUCUCACAAUGAGAAUAGCACAAUACAGUCUCCAGCCUACCUUCCUCAUCUACUUUGUAAUGCAACAAGUCAAGAAGUACAAAAAGAAACCUCUCUUGCGGAAAGCUGCAGGCAAAAAUUUAGUACUUCUGGAUCUUUUACCCACAAGUGGAUGCCAGUUGGGUUGAAGAAUCCCGGGUUGACAAACUCUACUAGAUCUGGCAGUUCAUCACUUGAACAUUCUGAUGAGGCAACUUCUAGGAGGACUCUUAAAGACACUGCUAAAGGGAACGCGGCUUUCAAUACUCACAAUCCUGUUUCUGAUGUUGCAGUGGUGUCCACAUGUCAAAGUUCUAGAGACUUAACAUGUUCUUCCAACGGAUUUGAGGGAAGGCUUCCGAAACCAAGUACAACUGAUAAACUGAUCAAUAACAAGCUCAAUGCAGCUAACCACAUAAAAAAAUCUGACAUACCUAGAGAUGUAAAUACAUUUGAAGCUGAUUCAAACAGAAUACUAGAAGCAGUAAAUAAUGCUUGUAGGGCACAACUGGCAUCUGAGGCUGUUCAAAUGGCCACGGGUCAUCCAAUUGGUGAAUUCGAAAGACUUCUUUAUCAUUCAUCCCCGGCUAUUCAUCAAUCACCUAAUUCCUUAAAUUGUCAUACUUGCUGCUCAAGGAACCUGGUUGAUCAGGUUGGAGGUGUGCCAUUGUGCAGACAUGAGACACCUGACAUCACUUUAGGAUGCCUAUGGCAGUGGUAUGAGAAAUAUGGUAGCUAUGGUCUGGAAAUAAGGGCCGAGGAACUUGGAAAUUCAAAGAGAUUGGGUGCUGAUUGCUUUGCAUUUCGUGCUUAUUUUGUCCCUUAUUUGUCAGGAAUUCAGCUAUUCAAGAAUGGAAAUGCUGAUUAUGUAGAUACUAACACUUGGUUUCGUGUUUCUGAUGCGUCUAGCUCAAGCCCGGAUACUGAGACAUCCAAAAAAUCCUCUAGCAUUGGUAGUAUGCCAAUAUUUUCGGUACUUCUUCCUCAAUCUGAUCAUAAGGAAGAUGCGAUCACCCAACCGCUUGUAAAUCAAUUUUGUAUUUCAGAACAAUCUUCUGCUUCUGCCAAAGAUGCAUCUGUUCGAUUGACUGACACAACAGGGACCGGUGAUUUAGAGCUAUUGUUCGAAUAUUUUGAAUCAGAACAACCGCACGAGAGACGACCUUUAUAUAAUAAGAUAAAAGAGCUGGUACGAGGUGAUGGACUGUCACAUUCUAAAGCAUAUGGAGACCCAACAAAACUAGAAUAUAUGAAUCUGAAUGAUCUGCAUCCCAGAUCCUGGUACUCAGUGGCAUGGUAUCCAAUUUACAGGAUACCUGAUGGUAACUUCCGUGCAGCAUUUCUGACUUACCAUUCACUCGGUCAUUUGGUACGUAGAAGUGCCAAGUUUGAGCCUCAUAACUUGGAUGCUUGUAUUGUAUCUCCAGUUGUGGGUCUGCAAAGCUACAAUGCUCAGGCUGAAUGCUGGUUCAAGCUAAGGCCUUCAGCACCGAUGCAGACAACAAUAACAGCAUCGGGCUUAAACCCUUGUGGAGUACUAGAGGAGCGUUUGAGGACACUUGAGGAGACAGCAUCGCUUAUGGCAAGAGCUGUUGUGAACAAAGGAAGUACGACAUCUGUAAACAGGCAUCCGGACUAUGAGUUCUUCCUCUCUAGGCGACGCUGGAGGAGGACUUCGUAAAAUCUUAAUUAAUUAAUUUUAACAACUCGUUGAGUAGAGUUUGUGAUUCCCGAUUAAGCAUAUUUAACAUCAGAUAGGGAUAAAGAGUUACCUUACCAACUUUUUUCCUGACCUUGUGUUUUUCACUUACCCUGAUUGGACACCCCCACUCAAAAAACAUAAGUAUUGUGUAUAUAUAGCUUUCCUCUCUGUUUUUGUGUUUUGGUUACGCAAAUGUGUGUAUACAAUUUUGAUCGUAGCAUUAAUAUGUAAAUGGUGCUGAGUUUGAAGAUU